UAGUGGAGCGUCAUGUCGACCUGAGAGAGAAGCUCUGCUUCGACUUUGUUUGUUUAUCGAAGAAUUGACUGCAAAGGGUGAUCCUCAAUGAUAUUUUGAUGCAAUACGGUAGUUUUAAUCCCUUUGCGGUAUUUUAUUUCUGACUGGUUGAGAGAGCACUUCGACAAAAAUGGACGAUGGAAGCAAACAACCACACACUCUUGGAGGAGGACAGCAGAGAACCCACCAUCCCAGACCUUUUUUCUACGUCCAGCCACCAUCUCAACCUUACUACCUCUACCAGCAAUGGCAGAUGAACCAACCAUACAGUCAUUAUGGUUUGCCUGGAGGUUUUAACUUUAACCGUCCCUGCAUGUUCCCGUUCCAGUACAUGCAGUAUCCUGGGUACAUUUUCCCACAUGCUCCCAUUUAUCCGAUGGAUUACAGGCGCAUGUUUGAGCCUCGCUUCCACGCUCCUCCCACCUGGAAUGAUAUGCCUCGUCAGCCGCAUUACACGCAGCCUCAGGGGCGUCGAGAAAUGGCCUGUUCAGAGGCUCAAACCGACCCUAGUGACGCCAUUAGCAAACUCAUUGAGUGCCUGGAUAAAAUCCGAGCCAGUGAGCUUCAGGGCCCUGAGAGAGAGCUUGAUUCUGGUGUUGCCUCCCAGUCCUCGGGGAUCUUUUCUCCUGCAGAAGAAAAGAAAAGUGAAGAGCAGGGUCUUGUACUUCCUUCAAUGGCUGAUGUGAGCCAUUUGGAGUCUCCAGCUGUGACUUUUAGCGACUCAACGAUGGCGGUGUACGAUGGCGAGUCCAGCCAGAGAAGCUUAGAUGUCUUAAGUCCACAUGGAUGCUGGUCUGCAGGUCUUGAGGAGCCUCUUGACAGCUCUUCUGUUCAUGAGGAGAGUCCUGAGCUUGAGCAGGAUGCAGAAGUUGAGCAUUUUCUCCCUCUGGAGAAAGAAGAAGUCACGGAUGUCCAGACAGAUAUCUUGUUGACCAAUCUGAGUGCUCAGAAAUGUGAUGCAGACAAGGUCCAGAAGGUUAAAGUAGAUGCAAAUCUUUCUAAACCAUCAGUGCCAUCUCCUUCUGCUAAAAAAGAUACAAAAAGCAAUGACAAAUCUUUAAAAACAGACCACAAGAAAGCAGCUCCAAACUAUAAGAUCCUCAAACUCCCAUUUGAGAGCAUUCUGACCUCUGGAGAAGCUGCAGCUGGCCACCUUUCCUCUCCUGCUGCUCCCUACUGCUACAACUAUCUCUCCUUGCACAGCACCCAUGAGCGCAUGAGUGUCCUCAGUCCCUCUCUGGAUGAGCUCUCCUCCAGAGAUGAGAUGUUCUCCACAGACUUGGACGAUGCAGAUCUCUUCCCCAAACAUGUUUAUGCAGGCAGGAGGUUUGCAGAAGUCGUCACCGAGUCUCCACAGGCAGCUGAAGAUGUUGAAGAAGUUUGGCUGCAGAGUUCAAAGAGGUUUAUGUGUGCCUGCUGUGGAAAAAGUCUGGCAAAAGGAGCGAGUCGGAACAAAGCCCACAGUGCAAAGAUGUACAGAGAUGAAGCUGGAGACUCAGAGGAGGAAGGCGGGUAUGGGAGAGGGUGUGAGCAGCCAGUGAGAGUGGUUGUGAGGAAGCAUUCCAGGAAGACCCAUUCUGUCCCAGUUAGACAUGCCACAAACCCCUGGUACAAGAGAAGCCAGUACAAAGAUCCAGCAGGUGAAAUCAACCAGGAGGAAGGCCACGAUAUGUGCAAGCCGAAGGCAGAGGAUGGCCAGAUCGGUGUAAGUGAGAUGCAAUGCAGACCAUGCCAGGACAGGCUCUGCAGAGAAGAUCUCUGCAAGUCAGAGCAGGGCAGGAGGAGUGAUGCUGAUGCGAUUUCCAAGAGGAGACAAACAAACCUGCUGCAAAGACAAGAGAUGAGCGCUCAGAGGAAAGUGAUGUACCACAGAUCACGAGAUGAGGAGGACGAUGAGCCACCACCUUUACCCUGGGAGAGAGGCUCUACAGUGAGAGGAGAACCAAGAUGUUGAAGUACCAGGAUUGAUUUAUGAGUAAAGUGUUUUGAACUGUUCCCCUAAAGGUGUAUUUGUUCAGGGAUCAUGUGUUUGAAGAAUUUAGAGCACCAGGUGAAAUGCACCUCACAGAAAGCCUCUUUAUGUUAAAAUAAAAGUUAAAAAUACUGUAUGUAAAUAUGUACAAAGUUCUGCAGUGACUCUGCUGUGCACUAUUAAUGAAUUUCACAAACAGAAAAAAAGUGCUGUAAGGUUGUGUUGAAGACGAGGGUGAGCCACUGUGUGGGGUCAGUCCAAUAAAAUUGUCAUUAUUUAA